AGAAGAACAACUUCCGCUUUGAGAUUCGCGCUUACCGGAAAUAAACAAACGCAGACAAGCUCAGAGGAGGGAACAAGAACAGGACUGCUGCAGGAAGUUCCACUAACACCCGUGCUCAGGAUUGAGCGAAUGCAGCUGCUGCGUACACAUAAUUCACCAUCAUGAUGACAACCAAGAGACUGGACAAUUUCGAGGUGGUGUGUGAGUGGGGUGGAUGCAGCUUCAAGGGACACACCAUGGAGGAGCUGAGUGAUCAUAUGUCUCUGCAUUUAAAGGACUACCUAGGAGACAACGAUGCUUUAGAGGACCUGGAUGAGUACGCUUGUCUCUGGACUGGUUGUGAAUUUCUGUCCAUGGGUAGUACUACAGAGCUGGAGGUCCAUGCUUACUUCCACAACUACCACGGUAAGCUGAAGUUCAUCGGGUCCCACCUGCUCAAGUCCCGUCCUGACCUGCCCAGCUGCAAUCAGGGAGUGCACAGCAGCAACCUGGUUCCUGAAGGAUCAGACGGAUAUGUUUGCCAGUGGGAGAACUGUGAUAGUACAUUUAACAACCCUGAGUGGUUCUACCGACAUGUUGACAAUCAUGUUGAGAGUGCUGAGCCAGAGUCUCUCCAACAACAGCAGCAGGCUCUCUUCUGCCACUGGACAGGCUGUGAUGCUUACUUCAAGAUCAAAUACCGUUUGAGAGAGCACAUGAGGAGCCACACUCAGGAAAGACUCGUAGCCUGUCCAACGUGUGGCAGCAUGUUCUCCAGCAACACGAAGCUGUUUGACCACCUCCACAGGCAGGCCGAGCCAGUAGAGUCGCUGGUGUGUGAACAUUGUGGCAAAGCUUUUUCCAGCGAGAGGCUGUUGAGGGAUCAUGUUCGUCAACAUGUGAAUCAGGUGAAGUGUCCCUUCUGCGACAUGACCUGCACCACUUUGGCUGCUUUGAAGAUCCACAUCCGGUUCCGUCACUGUGACGAGCGGCCCUACCCAUGUGACUUCUGUGACAAGAGAUUUAAGAACCAGCGUGAUCUACAAAAGCACACAGAGGUCCACAAUGAGGGCACAGUGUAUCACUGUACAGUGGAGGGUUGUGAUUAUUCCUGUCACACAUUCCCAACCAUGAGCCAUCACUUCAAGAGAGUGCACGAGGUCGGGGGCAUGUCCAAAUAUAAGUGCCAUAUCUGUGAUAAGGUUUUCUCUUGGUGCUACACUCUCACACUUCACCUCCGAAAGAAGCACGAGCUGAAAUGGCCCUCUGGACAUUCCCGCUUUAGAUACAGAAAAGAUGUGGACGGCUUUCUAAAAGUCAACAUGGUGCGCUUUGAGACCGUAGAAGUGACAAAAGAAAUCAUGAAAAACAUGGCCAAGAAGCCGCAGAGCCUUCGGAAAAGUCAGAGAACCAGCAGCAAGAACAAACGGACAGAGGUCUUUGGGGAGAUCGGCCACAGCUCUCCCGCGGGCUCCUCCUCGCCUUCUUCCAGUUCCUCCUCCUCGUACUCCUCCGAGCUCUCCGGAGGUGAAGACGUUUCCUCUCAGCCCAGCCCCAGAGGCAGUGACUCUCCCGUGUACUGCGUCAUGAGCACCAUCCCUCUCAUUGAGGAGGAACCUGGAGGAUACUCUCAGGAGGACUGCGAUGGUGGAGGGACAUCUGGAGCGGUGCAGGCCCUGACGGAGGUGGCAAGAGGGUUGGGCAUGGACGUGGUGUGAGGCUGUGCUGCACUCUUCGACUUUUAUGCAAUUGAACCAUCUUGCCUCUUUGUUUAUUUUUUGGUGUGAUGCUUCAGUGGAGAGACGGCUGAACUGUUUGUGUUUCAGUCUAAAGUUCAUUGUGGUUGUAAAGUGGUGUUACAUUGAGAGAGUUAUCUCUGCACUGGUUUUAGAGAACACAUUUUACUUGCAGCUUUUAUUCCUCAGCUCAGCUUUGUGACAGCUCCUGUCGAUAAACCGCCUGUUAGACACGCUUCAUGUUUCUGACAAAGCUUUUAAGCACUACAAAGCUGGUUUGAUAAUGUCGCUCUUAACGUGUACUUUACACAACAUGUGAAAUUGUCAUGAUUGUCGCCUGAUUAAGAGUUUCAGAGAUCGUAUUAUUUUUGAACGUAGCCUGAGAAUGUUGCUUAAUUUUAUUGGUGCAAAUUUUAAAUAGAUUUUUGAUACAAAAGUUUGUCUUUUUUUUAAUUUAGUCACAUAUGUUGCACAUACAUAUGUUGAACAUAUGAUGCUGCACCUGAGUUUUUCUGUCAGUCUUUGAUGUUUUCUUUUUUUUCUAUCAUUCCCAGAACACAGCCAUCUUUAAUUUUGUGGAUUCAUCUUUGUAGAUAGCCUCCAGUUCUUUGUCUUUAACCUCUCCUGCCAUUUCUCUGUUUUUGUCUUUUCUUCUUUUUCUAAGUAGUUUCACCAAAGUGAAAUAAACCUGACUUCUUUCAGUAGAUUGAUUUGAUUA